CAGCCAAACAACAAACGAUGAACUUGUCCUGUCCCAUCAUCCCAUCUAAACUAGACUGACCGUCUGUCUGACUGACUAUGCAUCUCCGCGCCCCGUGGGUAUGCGUUAGCAACGUAAUAUGGCUUGCAUCCCCAUUUUGCCAAUCACCUCAUCGAGAAAACAAAUACUCACUCAAUUGAUUUGUGAACAAAAACCACAAUAAUAUAUCUUCUUCCUCCACUUCCUCUUCUCUAUCUUCCCCAAGCCCAUUCCCAAGCCCAAGCAUCUCCUCGGGCCCUCCUCACUCCGUGAACUGACAUUGACCAGUCGACUAUGUCGAACGAAACACCAACAUCACACGAGAUAGCGCAAUCGGAGCACUUCUCGCCAUACAGGUCAGAUGGAAAACUCUAUGGCUUCGUCUGUGUCGUGACCGGAGCCACUCAAGCUGUUGGCAAAGCCAUCGUCACUGAAUUAGCAGCUCACGGUGCUGCCUGUAUCUACGCAUGUUCGUCCCUCCCAGACGAGCCCUAUGCCGAGCUCGCCGAAUCAGUCAACGCCCAAUUCCCCAAUACCAAAGUGAUCGGCUACCCAUACAAGAUCACAUCCGAGGAAGAUACUUUGGCCCUCAUUGAUGAUGUCCUGAAUUCAUGGGGUCGCCUCGACGUCUGGACCUCGUCGACAGGCCUCCUCGGACCCCAUAGCAUCACGUCGACCGGCCCGAGAGAUCUUUACAGCGCAUUCGAGACGAAUGCCAUGCCGGCUUUCUUUGCGCUCAAGUACGCUCCUGCUGCUAUGCAGAAGACUACACCCAAGGGCAGGUACCCUAAUGCAGCGCCAAAGGAUCAAGCAUAUGGCUCCAUCAUAGUCGUCACCAGCGUAGCCGGGACCUACGGCGGUUGCUGGGGCCCUGCCUUCACGAUAGCAUCGCAUGCCGCUCUAGGUGUCGUGCGCUCCGGGGUUUCGAUCCUAAAGGGGACGAAUGUGCGCAUCAACGCUAUAACGGCAGGCCAGAUCGACGUGGGAGUCUCUUUGAAAGAUGCCGGCCUCGAAGGCGGUCAAUUCCCACCGGCGGGUCUGCAAGAUGAAGAGGUGCAGAAGAAGAUCAUCGGACUGGAGAGGGCCGGGCGCCCCGAUGAGGUCGGAAGAGUUGCUGGAUUCCUGGCUAGCGGAUUCAGUAGCUACAUCACUGGCACCGAAUUGAGGGUCGACGGAGGAGCGAGCGUGAUGAAUCCUCUGACAGUGCCAGUUUGAAGAGCUUCAGGGUUUAUGAGUAGGGGGUGGACCACAGUGGUGGAGAGAAACAAUCCUGGGUAUUAUCGACGUACGAAAGAAUAUUUAACUACACGAAAACAAUAUUGUAGAUCAUCAUACACACUUAGAGCUCGUCCUUAUAGAUCUCCUCACUUCCCUCCUGUUGGUCUUCGGCACCCUGCCAUUCCUCACUGUCCGGGGCUUUGGCUUUGGCUUUGGAGCUGGUCUUCCCUUUAGGUGAUUCUCCAUCUUCUUUCCUCCCAUCCUUCGCUUUCUUUUCCACGUCCUCCUGAUCCUCUAUCUCGAUGACUGCAACAAACUCUCUUCCUAAUGGUGUUUCUAUAAGUUCGAGCUUCCACGCUUUCUUCCCUGCACGCUUCUUGAUGGUGGUCUUCAGCCUCUCCACGUCCUUGGGAUUCUUGAUAUCAAGUUUCUUCAUU